AGAUCUAGUAAAACUGUUCCUCAUUGCAAACACCUUUACCAAAAUUCUGCAUGCAAAGUUACAAAUUCUUUACAAAUGGCUAACUUCAUUGAACUUUUAAGAUAUUUGCUAGACAUGGAUGAAUUCAUUAAUAACUUGUACGAUCCAGAUUUUAUGAGACGCACGAGCACUGACGAUAUUAUUGUAUCGCAUAUAUUGGCAGGAGACUAUAUGCCGUUCUUCUACGAAUGGUUUGCUGAUCAUGGUCCUUACAACAACAAUGAUGAUAUGAUUAGAUCCCUUUUUAAAACAUAUCUCACGGACCUUGAAGAAGAAAUUGUUCUUAGAAAUAAUUGGAUCACAG